GCAGGUCUUCUGCUCCCUUGCCAGUCCUCUCUUUCGGACUGGGUGCGGUUCGCGUCCAAGAAGGCAGGUGGUAGCAGCAAGAACCUCGGGGGAAAGAGCCCUGGUCGCAGAUAUGGCUUCAAGAAAACAGAUGGUAGCUACGUGAAUGCUCUUAUUUGUCAGUAUGCUUAGUUCUGACAUCUCUGUGAGGUGCAUGUUAUGUCUUUCAUCCUACUACUCAGAGGUAUCGUGGCAAAGGAAACAAAACAUGAGGCAGACUACAUUUCCUGUGGAAAACAGUCCUAAUGUUGGAAACAAACUUUCUUUUCCAAGCUAUAUCACACUAUUUUACACACUAUUUUUUUUACACACUGUUUCAUACAGUAGUUUUUAAAGGACCACAGAGUUUAUUCUGCUUUGUGUUUUCCUUUAUGCCAUGGAAAAUCAGCUGUCAUAGUAUUGUGAUACUGGUAUCCUGACAACACUAGAUCCUACACACUUCAUGUUUGCAUUAUCUAACUAACACUUCUGUUUUGUUGUCAUCCACCUUCAGGGAACUUUGUCCAUGCUGGCAACAUCCUAGCAACACAGAGGCUCAUGAGGUGGCAACCAGGAGCACAUGUAAGGUUUCACACUGUUAAUAUCCUGGGGUGUAUUCAUUAGUCGCACAUCAGAGCAAAACGUUUUUCAACAGAAACCGUUUAAAACGAUUUAUAUGUUUAUAUUGGGACAGAUUCAGGUACGUCCCUCCCUCUUUCGUUUGGUUCCUAGUGAAUACACCCCUGGAAGCUUUCAAAUGUCUGCAGAUCACCGGUUGAUUGUCAACUAAUCUCUCUUUCCUCUCCUUUCUUUCUCUCUCUCCUCUCUCCUCUCUCCUCUCUCUCAGGUGGGGAUUGGAACCAACAACACCCUAUAUGCCCUUGAGGACGGCAUUGUCAGGUUCACUAAGGAGGUGUAUGUUCCAGCCCCACGCAGCUCUGAGAUCUUCAAGGUCAUCACCAAGCUGCCCACGGGAACUGUACUCUACAAGACCUUCAUCAACGUAGUGCCCAACAAACAGGAGGGCAAAUUCAAACUGGUUGGCAUGUUCUAAAGACUGAUGACUCAUUCCGAUUCCACUCUGUGGAAGUUCAAACCCUUCUCUUUCUAUGGACUGGGCGGUUUGGAUUUGAAAGGUUCUGUUCAACUGCGGACUCCUUUGUCGUGAAUGUUGUGGAAUUGAGCCACUGCGUGAUGAGGAUUCUGGAAGUUCUGAGGGAAUUCCUCGAAAAGCUUCCUGUGUUGCUGUGGUGACCGUUGUCAUCAAGCCUGCACUCUUGGAAAUGUGACUGUGGUCGAAAGUUUAAUCAGCAGGCACCUACCUGACUUGUUGUGCUGUAAGAAGACAUGCGUAUGUCACUCCAUCCAAUAAAGUUGUAUAUAUAAUCAUGACAUCAGCAGUCUGUUGUUGGAAUUUUAAGCUUAGUCAAGAGAACAAUUUCCUGUCUAUCCAAAGGUAUUUUAAUUGUUGGGAAUAUUUUAGUAUUGUUUG